AUGAACCAAGAGAAGACAGAUCGCGUCGUCAAGGGCGACAAGGUCGAACUCCAAGAUUCCGAUGCUUGGGACAAGCUUGGAUAUAGCUUUCCUACUUGGCGGAAGUGGCAAAUCCUCAUCGUAGUCUUCUUCAUCCAAAUUAGCAUCAACACCAAUGCAUCCAUGUACUCGCACGCAGUCAGCGCUGUCCACAAGAAGUACGACGUAAGCGAACAAGUAGCCCGCCUUCCGCAGAUGGCGUUCCUCAUCGCAUACGCAUUCGGCUGCGAACUGUGGGCUCCGUGGUCCGAGGAGUUUGGGCGAUGGCCCAUCCAGCAGCUCAGUCUGUUCCUAGUCAACAUCUGGCAGAUACCGUGCGGCCUAGCCAACAACUACGCUACAUACGUUGUGUGCAGGACACUGGGUGGCCUGUCGACAGCGGGUGGGUCGGUCACACUCGGUGUUUUGGCAGAUAUGUGGGAGCCGGACGAGCAGGAGUUUGCCGUAGCGUUCCUUGUUCUGUCGUCCGUCGGGGGCUCGGUAGUUGGAGCCAUCAUUGGUGCGUUUGUUGAGGCACAUCUUUCUCUGCCUUGGAUCUUCUGGGUCCAGCUCAUCAUCGGUUGCUUCGUGCAGGCCGUUCACCUCCUCUGUAACCCGGAAACGCGAUCGACUAUUCUGCUUGAUCGUGAGGCGAAGCGGAGGCGCAAGACUGGCGAGGAUCCAAAUAUCUAUGGACCGAAUGAGAUACGAGGCGGUCACAAGAUAACCUUGAAGGAGAUUGGGACUAUCUUUUGGAGACCUUUUUACAUGUUCUUCACUGAACCGAUCGUCCUCUGGCUGUCUUUGCUUAGCGGCUUUAGCGAUGCAUUGAUAUUCACUUUCCUCGAAUCCUUCAAGCCGGUCUACUCCCAGUGGGGAUUCGGCACAGUUGGAAUCGGUCUUGCAUUCAUACCCAUAUUGAUCGGAUACUUCCUAGCAUACGCCUCGUACAUGCCUUCAAUCAUCACCUUCCGACGCAAACGCCGACAGAACCCUGGCUCCGUAGCGCCAGAAGCUCGACUAUGGUGGCUCCUCUUCCUUGCGCCACUGGAGACUGUGGGACUGUUUGGCUUUGCGUGGACAUCGUUAGGGCCGAGCUAUGGUAUUCCCUGGAUUGCGCCGAUGAUCUUCUCGACGUUGAUCGCCAUGGCAAACUACGCCAUCUAUCAGUCUUCAAUAGACUACCAAACUGCCGCGUACGGCCCGUACGCUGCAUCCGCAACCGGUGGCAACGAUCUCGCUCGUGACUUUAUGGCCGGCGUAGCAGCCAUGUACUCGACACCCCUCUACAAGAACAUCCCAGGCCGACCUGUGCAAUAUGCAUCCACCAUCCUCGCUUGCCUUGCUUUCGUGGUCACCAUUCCAAUCUACAUUGUGUACUGGAAAGGUCCAGACAUCCGGGCCAAGUCGAAUUUUGCGCAGAGCUUGGACAAGUCAAGACAAGAGAGGACGGAGAAGCGUAGGAAGAGUAGUCUUGCGGGCCUGGAAGCAGGGCCGCACGCUGAGAAGCAGAAGACAGAACAUACGGAGCGGUUAUAA